AAUUUGGUAUCCUUCUUUUUACACCGUCCCUCUGAUUUGGCGAUGGCGGAGCAGCAGCAACUAGAGCCAUGGACCGACCUCAGUGGCAAAGUGGUGAUGGUGACGGGGGCAUCUUCUGGUUUAGGUCGUGACUUUUGUCUUGACUUGAGUAAAGGCGGCUGUCGUAUCGUGGCUGCCGCGCGCCGCGUCGAUCGCCUUAAAUCCCUCUGUGAUGAAAUCAAUCACCUCACCUUUCCUUUUUCCGGACCCCAGCCUAGUGGCCCUCGAGCUUUCGCUGUCGAGCUCGACGUAUGUGCUGACGGAUCCACCAUACAGAGCUCUGUGAAAGCGGCCUGGGAUGCCUUUGGGAGGAUCGAUGCUUUAAUAAAUAACGCUGGCGUUAGAGGUAAUGUGAAGGAUCCUUUGGAAUUGACUGAGGAGGAAUGGAAUCAAAACAUCAGAACCAAUCUAACAGGGUCUUGGUUGGUGUCAAAAUAUGUUUGUAUGCUCAUGCGUGAUGCAAAACAAGGAGGAUCUGUAAUCAAUAUAUCUUCCAUUGCUGGUCUUAAUCGUGGGCAACUACCUGGAGGUUUGGCUUAUGCUUCCUCAAAAGCAGGCCUAAACACCAUGACAAAGACCAUGGCCAUGGAACUGGGGAUGCAUAAAAUCCGAGUGAACUCAAUAUCACCUGGGCUUUUCAAAUCUGAGAUCACAGAAGGCCUUCUGAAGAAGGCUUGGCUACAAGAAGUGGCUACAAAAAUCAACCCUUUAAGAACAUUUGGUACGGCAGAUCCCGCAUUAACCUCGCUAGUUAGAUACUUAAUCCAUGAUUCUUCGGAAUACGUAACAGGUAACAUAUUCAUCGUUGAUGCCGGGUCUACCUUACCCGGUGUUCCCAUAUUUUCUUCGCUUUGAAGCACAAUUGGAAUACUAAAUGUUUGUAUUCCUUGAUAAGAAGCUACCAGAAUAUAGGUUUUGUAUUGGUAAAACUCCUUAAACUAUAUAGCGGAAGCUAUGCCUUCUUGUAAGAUUGUAAAUAAAGGAUGGAAGUGAUCUAAUCCUUCCUUGCUUUUCACCUUGUAAUAAGAUUUUUGAAGUUUGUUUGCUACCUUCACUAUCAGCAAGACACUGGAUUUUCUA